GUUCCCCACCCCUGCUAGACCAAUGAAAGCCUUUCUCAUUCAUCGCGAGCUUGAAUGGCGUUGCCGCUCAAGUUUACAACCAAUGGAAUCCACUCUUGGUUUCAAUGUAUCCAACCAGAUCCCCCGGAAACCCAUAAGUAACAACCGGCUUGUCUUGUAGCCAAUGAAACAUCGCUUCUUUCCCGGUAGGCGCGGAAAAGGCUUUUCUUUUUUUCCAAAUCCAUUUGGCCGACGCCAUUUCAGAAAGUGAAACAGGAGACAACAGCUCUACAAAACCUGUGUGGAUUGUGCUAAUCAUUUUUAGUCUUUAACUCUUGUUUUGAGGAAGCUUUUUUGAGACAACACUAAUCAGUGACAGGCAGACGAGCCCGCAGAGUCAAACGAUACAAUGGAUCUAUCUCCCACCGGCAGCAGCCACAGUAGUCUGAUGGCCAGCAACGUGACCAAUAAGACGGACCCACGCUCGCUCAACUCCCGCCUCUUCAUUGGCAACCUCAACACCAUGCUGGUGACCAAGGCGGACGUGGAGGCCAUCUUCGGGAAGUACGGCAAGGUCGUGGGCUGCUCGGUUCAUAAGGGCUACGCCUUCGUGCAGUUCGCCAGUGAGCGUAACGCCCGCGCCGCCGUGGCCGGAGAGGACGGACGCAUGGUGGUCGGGCAGGUGCUCGAUAUUAAUCUGGUGAGCGAGCCCAAGGCCCAUCGGCCGACCACCACCAAGCGCUCAGCAGGCGACGUGUACAGCUCAGCAACGGAUGUGUACAGCUCAACGUUCGAUCUGGAUUAUGACUUCCAAAGAGACUACUAUGACAGGAUGUACUCGUACCCCUCGCAAGUUCCUCCCCCUCCCCCACGACCCGUCCCGCGGGCGGUCAUCCCGUCCAAGAGGAUGCGCGUCAGCAUGAGCGGAGGUGGGGGCAGCCGCCGCAACAGGAGCAGCAUCUCCUCCUCCAAGAACAGCCAGCACACGUCACGCACCAGCACCAGCACCAGCACAAUGAAGGUAGAUGACAUGCAAAGCAUCAAGAAGGAGCUGUCUCAGAUCAAGCAGAAGGUGGACUACCUGCUGGAGAGCCUGGAGCGCAUGGAGAAGGAGCACAGCAAGAAGACGCCUGAGGGGAAGAGCGUGAAGCAGGAGGCCAGCUCCUCGUCUCCUCACACCACGGCCAAGAAGGAGCGCCAGAGUCCCGAGAGGAAGACCUACCAGGAGGAGGAAGAGGAGGAGGAGGAGGGAGACCUGCUGGACGACGAGGAAGAGGAGGAGGUGAAGGUGGAGGCCAAGAGUCGCAGCAGGCAGGAGGAGAAUGAAGAUGAGGAAGAGGAGGAGGAGGAAGGAGAACAGGAGGAAGGAGAAGAUGAUGGUGACAGUGCCAGCGGCAGCGGAGAGCACUCUUAAAAAACACACAUUUACACACACGCGCACACACACACACACACAAACAGACAAACCCACACCCCUCUUCACCCUCAAUUCUGAUUUACCUACAGCCCCAGGUAGAAACACACACACACACUCACACUGUUCAGUUCAUGCAAGCAGACAAGCGUAGCUUAGGCCAUUCACAUGCACUGGUGUGUGUCUGUGUACCGCAAGCUGGAGCCGAAGGUUUCCUGCUGUUGGAACACACCUACAGUACACAAGUUGUUACAUUUGAUAUUUUGGUGGCCCCUGUAAAAACUUUAUCAGGGGACAAAUGUGAAGAUGUACACACAGGCAAACAGAGACACUAAAAAGACACUUCAGCCAGCUGCUUUAUCUCAUUCUCAAUCCCCUUGUUGUCUCUAUUUUGUGUGUUUAAUACGUUCUUGUUUGUUUAAUGAUGGCAGAACGUUUGACAUGGCCAGUGAAUUGAUGUUUAUGACUUGAGAGGAUUGGUUUGUUUGUUGUUGUUUUUUUGUUUACACUCGUUUUAUUUGUUUGUCUUUUUGAACCUGAAAGAGCCCUUAACAGUUUCCAUGGACUCUGCUCAGACACAAUAUUAAAUGACGAUUCAUAUAGAGACCUACAGGGGGCAGUGUUUGCUUCAGAGUGGACUUACAGUGGCAGUCUACAUGGUUGAGAGGCUUGUGUGUGGUGUGUGAUGUGUGUGAGAGAUUGUUUGAUAAGCUAAGAGGCAAACCGAAUUGAAUCGAAGCCAGCAUACUUUGCAAAGUAUCAUUAAUGCUCUGGCUUCUGAUAUGAAAUUGUAACACUGUCACAACCUCUAAAGUGGUGUGAAACAAAAGGUUUUUGGCAGUGUGGUGUUUUUCAUCUUUUUAAUGUUAUUUUUACAUGCCUUGUCUCUUGUUUCCGUUCUUGGGCGUUCUGUCAAAUAUUUAAAGAAAAAAAAUAAAGCAAAAGAAAUUCUAACAAUAA